UCAACAAACCCUAGAUAUUCCACCAAUUUCUUCUUUUUCUUCUCCAGCUAUAAUGGAUUGCUUCUUCCCUUCCUUUGACUUUGCGAAACCUCGAUUCCAGUUCCAUACGCCAAUAAUUCAACUCCUCAACUCUCACCAUUUCACACUUCCACCCCCAUUGCACCUCUCCUCCAUUCUCUACGUUUCUUUCCGUACAUUUUUCUCUUCUUUUUCUCGACCUCUGCUCUUCAGAUCCGCGCCUUUUGCUUCCUCCUUUCUUUGCGUUCACGCUGAAACUGAAGAUGGCGAUCACGUUUUCUACCUGAUCUAUUUGGUCCUCCUGGUUUUUUCUAUUCUCUCUGGUUCGCCCAAUCUUUCUAUUUCAAGGCGCUUAAUUUUUUUUUUUUUUAAUUCAUUUGGAUUUUGAGGAUUUGGUAUAAUCGUUCUUGUGUGGUGGAUUCAACUGUGCUGAGAGGGAAGUUAUUGGGAAAUUUUGUGAUUCUUCGGAUAUAAAGAGGUCCAUGCCAUGACAUCUGAUUUCAAUCCGGAUGUGGAUAUUUACAAUGAUUACAAAGAAUCAGAUGCAAGUUCCUUAAAUGGGAAAGUGACACUUCGUGAAAGGGUUAAUGCAGUAUACAAGGUCCUUGAUGGCCUGCGGAAACAAGGAAACAGGUCAAUUAGCAAUAUUGCAAUGAAUGCAGAACGUAGAGCAACAAGGUAUUUUAGGGGGACUCGAGCACCUUCUGCUGACAGUGUAAAUAUUCUGAUUGAUGGGGGUGAAAAGCGUGAACAUGGAUUGGGAAGAAAAUCUGAGCCUCUUCUAUCUGGAACAGCUUACUGCAUUUCUUCUUGCAGCAUGAUACUGCUAAACAAAAUUGUGCUAUCAAGUUAUGGUUUCAAUGCAGGAAUAUCUUUGAUGUUUUAUCAGAACUUUAUUAGUUCUGUAGUUGUUGUUGUAUUGGCCCUCUGUGGGGUAGCUUCAGUAGAAAGGCUCAAUUGGAAGCUGAUUAGAGUCUGGAUCCCUGUUAACAUAAUCUUCAUCGGCAUGCUUGUAUCAGGCAUGUAUAGUUUGAAAUACGUAAAUAUUGCAAUGGUGACAAUUCUGAAGAAUGUGACAAAUAUUUUAACAGCAAUUGGAGAAUAUUACAUUUUCCAUAAGCGUCAGAACCAGAAAGUGUGGACUGCCAUGUUCUUAAUGAUCAUCUCUGCUAUAAGCGGUGGUAUCACAGAUCUCUCUUUCAAUCUGAAGGGCUAUGUAUGGCAAAUUUUGAAUUGUGUUCUAACAGCAAGCUAUUCACUUACACUACGGCUGGUCAUGGACAAAGCCAAACAGUUGACAAGAUCUGGAUCUCUUAAUGAAGUUUCAAUGGUGUUGCUGAAUAAUUUGUUGUCUUUACCUUUUUCGAUCUUGUUGAUUUUCCUAUUUGGUGAAUGGGAAUAUGUUCUUAAUGUGGAUGUAGUUAGGAUACCAAUGUUUUGGGUUCUUGCAACAACCAGUGGAUUGAUUGGACUUUCCAUUAGCUUCACCUCUAUGUGGUUUUUAAAUCAGACUGGCCCAACCACCUAUAGUCUGGUGGGCUCCUUAAACAAGAUCCCAAUCUCCCUUGCUGGUAUAGUGUUGUUCAACGUUCCCCUCAGUCUACCAAAUUUCUUCAGUAUACUAUUCGGUCUGUUUGCUGGAGUUUUCUUUGUCAAAGCCAAAAUGUAGAAUUUUCCACAAGGAGGAACAAAAUGCAUCUGUAAAAGCUGUGAUCACUUUAGCUCGGGGCAAGCUGCUAGCUGAAAGAUAAGUUAAAACCUUUUCUGAGAAUUGGCUGGCAGAUUUUUUUUUUUUUCACAAAUUUUAUGAAUACAGGUGGAAUUGUUUUUGCUUGUUCAUAUGUGAUGGGUCAAUAAAAUCACCCAAUGGAGCACAUUUAUUUUUGGAUUUAUUUGAUUCAAUGUAACCCAUUUCAAUUCAAAUUUAAGGAAUAAAUUUUCUUACCAUUUGAUUUG